CCGAGGCGAGGCUUGGCCAGAGAAAGUCAACGUAGCCGUGUUAGCACAGCAUUUCAGUUCAGAUUUAACAUUAAAAUCAUUACAAGUCGGGACAUAGAGUGAUUUUUCCAGGUCCUCGCUGCCGAUGGGUUCAUGAGAACACCUGAGAGAGCAGAGUCAUGGCCCUUGUUGAGGAGCAGCCUGAGAAACACUGUUGGGUGUGUUUUGCCACUGAGAGGGAUGACCACAGUGCAGAGUGGGUGAGUCCCUGCAGGUGUAAAGGCUGCACCAAAUGGAUCCACCAGUCCUGUCUGCAGCGCUGGCUGGACGAAAAGCAGAAAGGAAAUGGUGGAGGAGCAGUCAGCUGUCCACAGUGUGGCACUGAAUACCACGUUAUCUUCCCCAAGAUGGGCCCGUUAGUGUUUUUCCUGCAGCAGGUAGAUAGAGCUCUGUCACGGGCCAGUCCCUUCGCUGCUGUCGGGGUGGUGGUCGGGACGGUGUACUGGUCGGCCGUCACGUACGGAGCUGUGACUGUCAUGCAGGUUGUGGGUCAUAAGAAGGGGCUGUAUGUGAUGGAGCGAGCAGACCCGCUGUUCCUGUUGAUGGGUCUACCCACCAUCCCUGUGGUGUUGGUGCUGGGAAAGAUGAUCCGCUGGGAGGAUUAUAUAGUGAGGCUGUGGCAGAGAUUCUCUUAUAAACGCAAACUCCCACCAGGCAACAGUCGUUAUCUGCCCCGUCUCCCUGUUGAUGGGCCCAGUGCAGGAGACCACCUCUCUGUGUCCAGGACUCUGUGUGGAGCUCUCAUCUUUCCCUCCCUUGCCAGUGUGGUGGGAAGGCUGCUUUUUCGACAGGUGUCCUCUAAUCUACAGCGCACAAUACUGGGUGGAAUCGCAUUUGUGCUGAUCAAGGGAGUCCUGAAGGUGUAUUUCAAACAGCAGCAGUACAUCAUGCAGGCCAACAGACAGAUCCUCAACUACCCAGAUAGAAAUGGAGACGGACAAAACCAAGGUGGAGAGGAGGACACAGAGGAUAGUGGAAACGAGUAGUUUGACUCAUUCAGGGCGAGGAAGGAAACAGAGUCAGAGACAAUGGUGCACAACCAAAUAUAUUUUAACAUGAAACAGAAAGCAAAACUUGGGUGAGUGCUUUGUAGAUGAGGAGAAAAAGGAGCUACGUGGAAAUAACCACAACACUAUCAGUUAAGAAUUUCCAGCCCAACGAACCUUUUACUUUGUAAUUUCAGUCUUUACAGUCUUUGUGACACACACUUCUAAGUGUCCCAGUGUCCCAGUCCUAGACUGUAAAACGACCCAUAUUCAAGAUCCCUUCUGUUCGUCUCAGUCUCAAGAUGUUUAUAAAAGUUGUGAUAAAACAUGUGUUGCCUUAUCUUUUAACGUGGCGACCAAUAAAGUAAUGUAAUCAUAAUCAUCAUAACUGCUCCCUCACUGUUUUCCUUCCAGUUACUUUUUAAACAUGUCUGAAUCCCUGAUUUGGCUCUAAAUGAACUGAAUGCUGCUGUUUGCAAACACAGUCAGUUUGAGCCAGACCUGCUGAACCACUGCUGCUUUCAGACUGAAGUACAGGGUGCUGCAGAGACGCAGCCUGUAGAACUGACUCUCAGUCGAAGCAUUUCAUAGUUUUAUUGCACAGAGUAAGGAGGGUGUGGUUUUCAGUCGAAUGUUUUCACUUUAACUUUGUCUUGUAGCACAUCUAAAGUUGCUCAGCCUCGGGUUUCAGACCCCACGUGUGGUCGUUUGAUAUUCAGACGGGGGUCACAGGAGAUUUAGAACACUGAUAUAUUAAUAUUUGUUUGGAAUAUGUUGAGUAAAGGUUUUAUUUUAUUAUAGAUGUAAAUUUGUCAUUGAUUUGGAGCUCUGUCCGAAUUUAAAAAUGCUUGAAUUGAUUUCUGAAUAUUAGGGUGAAAAACAAGGAGCUCGUGGGCCAGAUUAAGUUGAGAAAGUAUUGAUUUUCUUUGAUUUUGUGUCCUCUGCUUCUGCCAAAUGAACAUGCUCUGGAUCAAUAUCAGUGUAUGUUAAAAGGAGCUCUUCUUUUAUGUCUUGGUGAAUAAUUUGUUUAAUAAAGCUCUUUGUGAAACAAAGAUGUAAAUUUCUUUAACACAAGUUCCUAAAGUGUGUCAGCUUCAUUACAAAUUUUAAAUUUAGUCAUCAAUUCAAACUUUUAAU